CAGAGAGUCCUUUUGCUUCAUGUACGACGGCACCAGUAUAAUGGAGCACCUAUCAAGUUCUCACUACUUCACAAUUAAUGAGACGGACAAUUUCAACUUGACUUGUGCAGCCUCUAAGUUUUUCUUUGAUUCCGUCGAGCUUCUGUUCUCGCCCAUAGACGAGGGAAUGCAUAGUGAAGAUGCAAAACCACUUGGUACAUUUGAAUCAUCUAAUCAUAACCAGAUUAAAACCUUUGAAGUUGGAAACGCCAGCGGCAGACAUCAGGGGACUUACUAUUGCAUUGGAUAUGAGAGAAACACAUUAAAUGAUGACUGGGUGUCAACAUUUAAUCUCGAUGUUCUCAAGGAAAGAAGAAACAUGCUGCCAAAUGACAACAGGAAAGAUGCGAUGGUCGGAGAUGCUUUCACUUUCGAUUGUUCCUACUUCGACCCACCUCCCAAAGAUAUCACCUGGACAAAAGAUGGUCAGCCUCUUCCCGGUGAUUUCGGUGAAUUCAGGGAAAACAACCAGACCAUGACGAUCCCCCACCUAGAUCCUACAAUGCACUCGGGACAUUAUGUAUGCGAGACUGAAAGGUGGGGCAGAUCUGUAAGGGGAUUUCUCACUCUAUUUGUGCAACAAGGGGAAGUAUCCAGCAAAACCCUUGAAGUUACCAUAGGUAUCGUUGCACCCUUCCUCAUCUGCCUACUGGUGGUUGUUCUCGUGUUGUUGCGAAAAGUGAGACAAGAUUUCCUAAAGAGACGAGAGACAGAGAAGAAUCUGGCUUUCCUCUUCCAGAAAGGACGGCCCACCGAACUCAACCCAUACUGCACAGCUGACGAACAAGCAGAGCUCCUUCCUUAUGACCACAAAUGGGAAGUUUCUAGGGACCGAAUACAAUUGGGCCAGCAACUUGGAGCCGGUGCCUUUGGCCGUGUAGUUAAAGCCACAGUAUCGAACCUAGAGCAUGGGAUACAAAAAACAGCUGUUGCACUCAAAAUGAGCAAGAUGCAAGCAGAUACUACCCAGAUCACAGCACUGACCCAAGAACUGAAAAUUAUGAUUCACAUCGGAAAGCAUCUUAACAUUGUCAACCUUAUGGGUGCUUACACAGCUAAUGUUGGCAAAGGAGAGCUAUGGAUUCUUGUUGAGUACUGCCGAUAUGGCAGCCUUCUCCCAUUCCUUCACUGUCAUCGGGUUAAUUUGAGAAUGUCAUCGACCCCAUCACCGAUUUGGUCGACUUUAGUGGAAGAGAUGGUAAAGACAACAUUUCACCUUUCUCGCCCGUUCUCAAAUCUCCAGAAUCGGUCAAAUCUUCCACUGACCCUCAGUCUGUCCAGGCAGCUUCACCCACCAUGUAUACCAGUACAAGGCCAUGUGAGAUUUUAUUGGAGUCCCCAGCAUCCCCUAAAGUUCUCUUCUCAUCCUCAAAACCCCCCAAUGAGGACAUGAGGGAUAGACAAUGCCAGGCGAGUUCUCCCAGGAUCUUUCGACUUGGGAAUUCCCUGCCCAGCAAAAUGAAGAUGGUACAGAAUCCUUCCUACCAAACGGUUCCACCUGUGGAGAGCACAGCAGCACCCGAAGAAGGAUCGGAAGCCCAAAGCAAGAAGGAGCAGUCGUUAAAAGUGCUUGACUCUCAGGGAAACUAUUGUAAGAGCACAAUUCCCGGAGUGACGUCAUCUUUCACGACUGUCGACCUUAUUUGUUGGGCUUGGCAAGUGGCUGAGGGCAUGGACUAUUUGACCCGCAGAAAAAUAGGGUUAAGCUUAGGUGUUAUCGGUUUUCCAUUUUAUUUCCUCUUCUCAAGUCUGUUUCCUUUUUAAGCUGUCUUUUCAACUUCUCGGGUAGCAGCCCCAUGCAACUCGAUGGGUAAAGUUUCACCCUUCAGCAUUUGGGAUAAAUGACAGGCAAGUGACGUGAUGGAGAUUAUAGGUGAGAGAUUACCUGAAGUCUUCAGUAUUAAACAGCCAGCUGAUGUCUUAUUUAAGGAUUAUUGCUUUGGUCAUUUUCCUUACUGUCAGAGGUGCAAGUGGGUUUGGAUCCCAAGGGCCUUAGAGGGUUUUAACUCACUUCCA